CCGCCCAGCCCCGCACACUCGCUGCCCCAACCGUGAGCCGCAGCCCGGUCGCCCCCGCCUCGCCCCGCCCCGCCCCGCCGCCCGUCCCUGCGGGCCGCAGAGUGCGCGAGGCCCUAGGCCGGGAGUUGUUGUCAGGCCCAGGCCACUUCUGAGGCGCCCGCCGUGUGUCGCCGCCACCACAGGAGGACAACGUCGACGAGGAGAAGGAGGCGACGGAGGCGUGUUGUUGUCUCGCCCACUCCCCUCCCCUGAACUCGCACCCAACGUCAGGGCCCGAUGGAGUGAAGCGGAGACGAAGGUGGUACUUCCGCGUUGCGCUGCCCGAGCGGAGAGCGCGGCCGAGGUCGCUCUCCCCCACCCCGGGGGCACUUGGAGGACUCCGGACUCCCCUGCAGGUCAGCGCCCGGCGCAUCUGGUGUUUUUGCUGCCGAGACUAGGAAGACGAGCACGAUUGGGAGCUCAUCCGCCCGGAUUCCCUGCUUCCCUCGGGCCCGGAGGCCGCUGCGUACCCCACUGUGACCUGGAACCCAGGGACCCGAGUCCCGACCCGGAUUAUCGUGGCGCGUCUCCCGGCCGGCCCUGGUGCUCGGUGUUCCUCCGCCACCGCCGCCGCCGUUCCCGUUUCCGGCGUGGGAGAUGGCCAGGAUCUGACCCGGCAGGAGGCCGCACCCGCGCCGCGCUCUGCGGCGGGCUCUAGGCGAUGCCGAGCAGCUCGGACACGGCGCUGGGGGGAGGCGGGGGCUUGAGCUGGGCGGAGAAGAAGUUGGAGGAACGCCGCAAGCGGAGGCGAUUCCUGUCCCCUCAGCAGCCGCCGCUGCUGUUGCCGCUCCUGCAGCCGCAGCUCCUGCAACCGCCGCCGCCCCCGCCGCCUCUGCUCUUCCUGGCUGCUCCCGGCACGGCCGCCGCCGCAGCCGCCGCCGCCGCGGCCUCCUCCUCUUGCUUCAGCCCGGGCCCCCCUCUGGAGGUCAAGCGGCUGGCGAGAGGCAAGAGGCGCGCAGGAGGGCGGCAGAAGCGGCGCCGCGGGCCCCGCGCCGGGCAGGAGGCGGAGAAGCGUCGGGUCUUCUCGCUGCCCCAGCCGCAGCAGGACGGCGGUGGCGGUGCUAGUAGCGGCGGGGGUGUGACCCCGCUGGUGGAGUACGAGGAUGUAAGCUCCCAGUCCGAGCAGGGGCUGCUGCUGGGGGGGGCCAGCGCGGCAACGGCGGCGACGGCUGCCGGGGGAACGGGGGGCAGCGGCGGGAGUCCGGCCUCCUCCUCCGGCACCCAGCGGCGCGGGGAGGGGUCGGAGCGCAGGCCCCGCCGGGACCGCCGCAGCAGCAGCGGCCGCAGCAAGGAGCGCCACCGCGAGCAUCGGCGGCGGGACGGGCAGCGCGGCGGCGGCGGCGGCGAGGCCUCCAAGUCCCGCAGCCGCCACGGCCACGGCGGCGAGGAGCGGGCCGAGGCCGCCAAAAGCGGCAGCAGCAGCAGCAGUGGCGGCCGCCGGAAAAGCGCCUCGGCCACGUCCAGCAGCAGUAGCAGCCGCAAGGACCGAGACCCGAAGGCCCACCGGAGCCGGACUAAGUCGUCCAAGGAGCCGCCGUCGGCCUACAAGGAGCCGCCCAAGGCCUACCGGGAGGACAAGACCGAGCCCAAGGCCUACAGGCGGCGGCAGCGGUCCCUGAGCCCGCUGGGAGGCCGGGACGACAGCCCGGUGUCCCACAGGGCCUCGCAGAGCCUGCGGAGCCGCAAGUCCCCCAGCCCGGCGGGAGGCGGCAGCAGCCCCUACUCGCGGCGUCUGGCCCGCUCCCCGAGCCCUUACAGCCGCCGCCGCUCCCCCAGCUACAGCCGCCACAGCUCCUACGAGCGGGGCGGCGACGUGUCCCCCAGCCCAUACAGCAGCAGCAGCUGGCGCCGCUCCCGGAGCCCCUACAGCCCUGUGAUCAGACGGUCUGCCAAAUCCCGAAGCAGAAGCCCAUAUUCAUCUAGGCAUUCAAGAUCUCGUAGCAGGCACAGAUUGUCUAGAUCCAGAAGUCGUCAUUCUAGCAUUUCUCCUAGCACACUAACUCUGAAGAGUAGCUUGGCAGCUGAAUUGAACAAGAAUAAAAAAGCACGAGCUGCAGAGGCAGCACGAGCUGCAGAGGCAGCGAAAGCUGCAGAAGCAGCUAAGGCUGCUGAGGCCGCUGCCAAAGCUGCCAAAGCUUCAAACACUUCUACACCUACCAAGGGGAACACAGAAACUGGUGCCAGUGCAUCACAAACCAACCACGUGAAGGAUGUGAAGAAACUUAAAAUUGAGCAUGCACCUUCUCCCUCAAGCGGUGGAACUUUAAAAAAUGACAAGGCAAAAACAAAGCCACCUCUUCAGGUAACAAAGGUGGAUAAUAAUUUGAUUGUAGAUAAAGCCACCAAGAAAGCAGUUGUAGUUGGAAAGGAGGGUAAAUCUGCUGUUACAAAGGAGGAACCAGUAUCUCUUAAAGAGAAAACCAAACCACUUACACCAAGCAUAGGAGCCAAGGAGAAGGAGCAACAUGUGGCUUUAGUGACCUCUACCUUACCGCCCUUACCUUUGCCUCCCAUGCUGCCUGAAGAUAAAGAUGCUGAUAGCUUACGAGGAAAUAUUUCAGUAAAAGCAGUUAAAAAAGAAGUAGAAAAGAAACUGCGAUGUCUACUUGCUGAUUUACCACUGCCCCCUGAGCUACCAGGAGGAGAUGAUCUCUCAAAGAGUCCAGAGGAAAAGAAAACAGCCACACAGUUACAUAGUAAAAGGAGGCCUAAAAUAUGUGGGCCUCGCUAUGGUGAAAUCAAAGAAAAAGACAUUGACUGGGGAAAACGCUGCGUGGAUAAAUUUGAUAUCAUCGGAAUUAUUGGAGAAGGUACCUAUGGACAAGUUUACAAGGCCAGGGAUAAAGACACUGGAGAAAUGGUAGCCUUAAAAAAAGUACGCCUGGAUAAUGAAAAGGAAGGCUUUCCCAUUACAGCAAUUCGAGAAAUUAAAAUUCUCCGGCAGCUUAACCACCAGAGUAUUAUCAAUAUGAAGGAAAUAGUGACCGAUAAAGAAGAUGCUUUGGAUUUUAAGAAGGAUAAAGGUGCAUUUUAUCUGGUGUUUGAAUAUAUGGACCAUGAUCUGAUGGGACUACUGGAAUCAGGCUUGGUUCAUUUUAAUGAAAAUCACAUAAAGUCAUUUAUGAGACAGCUCAUGGAAGGUCUGGAUUAUUGUCAUAAGAAGAACUUUUUGCAUCGAGAUAUUAAAUGUUCAAAUAUUCUUCUAAAUAAUAGAGGGCAGAUAAAACUUGCAGAUUUUGGACUUGCUCGAUUGUAUAGCUCAGAAGAAAGUCGUCCAUAUACUAACAAGGUCAUCACUUUAUGGUACCGUCCACCUGAACUGCUGCUGGGAGAAGAAAGAUACACACCAGCUAUUGAUGUAUGGAGCUGUGGAUGUAUCCUUGGUGAACUCUUCACUAAAAAACCUAUAUUUCAAGCAAAUCAGGAGCUUGCACAACUAGAAUUAAUAAGCCGUAUAUGUGGAAGUCCAUGUCCUGCAGUGUGGCCUGAUGUAAUCAAACUACCAUAUUUCAACACCAUGAAACCAAAGAAGCAAUAUCGUCGAAAGUUAAGAGAAGAAUUUGUUUUUAUUCCUGCAGCUGCACUAGACUUAUUUGAUUACAUGCUCGCCUUGGAUCCUAGUAAGCGCUGCACUGCAGAGCAGGCUCUUCAGUGUGAGUUCCUGCGGGACGUGGAACCCUCAAAAAUGCCUCCACCGGACCUUCCUUUAUGGCAAGAUUGUCAUGAGUUAUGGAGUAAAAAGCGAAGAAGACAGAAGCAGAUGGGCAUGACUGAUGAUGUUUCCACAAUUAAAGCCCCCAGAAAGGACUUGUCUCUGGGCAUGGAUGACAGCAGAACUAACACGCCUCAGGGUGUGCUGCCGUCUUCACAACUGAAAUCUCAGGGCAACUCGAAUGUAGCACCUGUAAAAACAGGCCCUGGACAGCAGUUAAACCACAGUGAAUUGGCAAUCCUACUAAACCUACUACAAUCUAAAACAAGUGUUAGUGUGGCUGAUUUUGUCCCAGUGUUGAACAUUAAGGUAAACUCUGAGACUCAACAGCAGCUAAAUAAAAUAAACCUUCCUGCUGGAAUUUUGGCAACAGGUGAAAAACAGACAGAUCCAUCAACACCACAACAGGAGUCUUCAAAACCGCUGGGAGGAAUUCAGCCUUCUUCUCAGAACGUCCAGCCUAAAGUGGAGACUGACGCCGCCCAGGCUGCUGUGCAGAGCGCAUUUGCGGUUCUGUUGACUCAGUUAAUAAAGGCUCAGCAGUCAAAGCAGAAAGAUAUGCUACUGGAAGAGAGGGAAAAUGGAUCGGGACAUGAAGCGUCAUUACAACUCAGGCCACCUCCAGAACCUAGCACUCCGGUGUCGGGGCAAGAUGACCUCAUCCAGCACCAAGACAUGAGGAUAUUGGAGCUCACGCCAGAACCAGAUCGGCCUCGUAUUCUGCCUCCUGAUCAGCGACCUCCUGAACCACCUGAACCACCACCAGUCACUGAAGAAGAUCUAGAUUAUCGGACAGAAAACCAGCACGUACCCACCACUAGUUCUUCGUUAACUGACCCUCAUGCCGGAGUGAAAGCAGCCCUGUUACAGCUCCUUGCUCAGCAUCAGCCCCAGGAUGAUCCCAAAAGAGAAGGUGGUAUUGACUACCAAGCAGGAGACACUUACGUACCCCCUUCAGACUACAAGGACAACUUUGGGUCCUCUUCUUUCUCUUCUGCUCCUUACGUUAGCAGUGAUGGUCUCGGAGGCGCCUCUGCUCCACCACUGGAACGACGUAGCUUCAUUGGAAACUCAGAUAUUCAGUCCUUGGAUAACUACAGUACUACUUCAUCUCAUUCUGGUGGCCCACCUCAGCCUUCUGCCUUUUCCGAGUCAUUUCCCAGUUCAGUAGCUGGAUAUGGAGACAUUUACCUCAAUACAGGUCCCAUGUUGUUUAGUGGAGACAAGGACCAUAGAUUUGAAUAUAGCCAUGGCCCCAUUGCGGUCCUGGCAAACAGCAGUGACCCUUCCACAGGGCCAGAGAGUACUCAUCCUUUGCCAGCAAAGAUGCACAACUAUAACUAUGGUGGUAACUUACAGGAAAACCCAGGUGGCCCUGGCCUCAUGCAUGGACAGACCUGGACUUCUCCUGCCCAAGGACCUGGGUAUUCACAAGGAUACAGGGGACACAUUAGCACAUCAACUGGCAGAGGUCGAGGCAGAGGGUUACCAUACUGAGUAUCUGUUUUUCCUCAGGCACAUCGUUUUUAUCUGGAAAGACUUUUCUAGCUGCAGUUUAAGGCAGCGAUCCAAGAGACUUGAAUAAUAUUAAUUCAACAACAGCUUUAUUUUUAUGUGGAAAAGGGUCUUGCAUACAAUAGUUUAAAAAAAAAAAGACAAAAAAAAAACCUUUGCUUAAAUUCAUGCUGUUCUAAAAAACUAGAUCUAUUGAUUGUACAUCUUCACAAAUUCUAGUUAACAAUUUUAUUUUGUAUUCUUGCAGUUUUAAGUGGAUGCUAAUCUUAGGGACAUAAAAGUCUUUUAUGGCCCUCUUGCAGAUCUUCUGAACUAUGCACAUUUGUGCUUUUUUGUAAGUUUGGACCAACUUUUAUGUAACAAACAACCAACCCCUCCCCCCUCCAGUUUUACAACAAUCAGAAAGGGCACUGAUUUAUUUGGUAUUUUUCUUUUUACAAAGCUACCUUUAGUCAAAGGUCACUGUCAGUCUUUGCACCUGCUUUCAGUGUUAUUGUGAAAGGUGUACUUUGUGCUCAUUUCAGAAAAUAAAACACAACCUUUCUCUUGA